AUCCCAAGCCAUAUUACAAAUCUCACAAUGUUACUGCAGAAUAUUUUUCAUUGUAGUAAACAAACUUUAAUUUCGUAUCUAGCAGAUAACUGAAUAUUUGAACGUAAUGGACAAGCAUAAAACCUUUGCAACUUUGACACCCAAAUGGUGGUUGGAAAUUUUCCACAAGAAAGUAAAUUUCAUAUUCUUUCGUAAUUUGUGUGAUUAAUGUUGCUUUUCUUUUUGGUUGUAAUAAUAUAGUAUGAAACGGUCGUAAUUUUCCUUCAUUUUAACUCAUCCAACUUCUGAAAAGUUCUUGACAUCACAUGUAGUCUUAUCCCAAUAGUUGAUGUUGGCUACAUGGAUCACAUAAAUAUAUUCAUCUAUAUUAAAAAUCAAAGUUUUAAAAUUAUUUAUUAUCAUAAUUACUUUCUCUAAAGUUUUUUUUGUCUCCUCUCAUCAUUUCUACAAGGCUAAAAAUUAUACAUUCUACUUUUAUCAUUGGAAUCUCCUGUGGCUUUUUUGGUUCUUGUCCAAGUUGUCUUUUUCAUUUUUUCUUCUUCAAUGUACACCACUAUUUUCACAAAUAUGACCAUUGUGAAAUUUGUGUUGUGUUGUAUGAUAACACACCCAUCUCAUUUUUGCUACUCACUUUUUCUCUGUUGUCUCUUUAAAGUUCAACAUUCACUACCAGUACUAUAAAAUUGUCUGAGUUUGAUAAGUACUUUGCACUCAUAAAUAAUAUGUUCCUUCAUUUUAGAUAUAUUACUUGUAUUUUCUUGUCUCAUGACAAAGUCCUAAGUAUUUUUUUUUUGUUUACGAAGUUUGUCUCCAAAAUUCAAAUUUAAAAUUAGUGGCUUACUCUACUUUUCUUUUAUCAAAAGUAUACUAUUAUCAAUAAGUAUGUUUUUAGGAUCCAAGACUAGAUUAAACAAGGACUUAGAAGGCUAAAUUUUUAGUCUAUUUGACAAUAAUAAUUACCAUUUUACAUGUCUUGCAUAACCCUAGAAAAAAUAUAUUUUUUAAAGUAGAUAAAAAACUUAACAUUAAGUAAAAAAACUAUAGUUGCAACAAUCCAAGUCGCCACAAAUUGAUUGUAAUUUUCAUCAUACGAUAAUUGAUGCAACAUACAACAAUUUUUAACAUAUUAUAAAAAUUAAACUUGUAAUGUAUGUUCUAAUAUUAAUUAUUGAAUCUAAUAUUUAUCACUAAAAAAAAGUUAUAAUUGAGUAAAACUCUUUAUAUAUAAUGUCACGAUCCAAUUGUAAUUUGACUUAUCUAACUUCUAUGUUCAGCUAUUGUUACAAAAGAAUUGAUUCACCUCGUACCACAACACUUCUCCCAACACUUGAUAGGUCUAGAUCGAACAAGUAUCGUAAUAAUAAGUUAUCAUGUUAAAUUUAAGUAUAUAAAUGACUUCUAUCUCAAUGUUAUUCAAAGUAUUUGUAUAUAUAAUAUUACAACACCUACUAAAUAUUAUUUAUCAGCGAAAAGUCGGGGAAGUAGUAACCAAAACACAAAUAUGUUAUCAAUUGUUAAUACAAUAUUGUAUAUAAACUAAAAAUACAUCACUCUAAUCCAUAUAAAAUGUAACGAGUCUUCUUUUUUAUAUAUAAUUUUCUUAUUUUUAUUUAAUAUGAAACUUAAAUUCACUUUAUUUGAACCAGAAGCAAUCUUAAACAUGUCAAUAGAUGUCACAGAACAUUGAGUUUAAGAAUUAUAAGACUCUUAACUACUAAAGGACAAUGCAACUUUCAUAUUUUUGCACUAGUGUUGGAACAUCCUGUUUGUCAUUCUUGUUUUCUGUCUAUACUCGUUCAUAAUGGUCAAAAGUGCACAUAAACCGCAAGUUUGUGUAUGUAUAUCAUCGUUAGUGAUUCUAAGUUGAGGCUAAUGCUGACUAGAACCAUUUAUUUUUUGUGUAAUGAACAAAGUCAAAAGGUGAAGUUAGGUUUGAACCCUUUUUCGUUGUUAUAUAUGGCAACUUCCUUGCCAUGAAUAUUUUAGAGUAUCGGUUGAAGCCAUGGCCUGUGAGAGAGAGUUCCAAAUUGGUGUCCUUCUGACAUUUGUCAUCAUCUGGACACCCAUGUUUGUCCUCACUUAUUGUCCAUUUCAGGACUUUCUAGACCACUCUGUCUCCACUCUCCAAUUCAACCAUAUAAAUGCAAUCACAAUCACAAUACAAUCACUUCAUCUCCUUCACCACCCUCUUUCCCACACAACUACUUUUGCUUCAACAAUGAUACAAUCAAACCCACCACUCAUGCACCAUUAUGGAGCACUUGUCAGAAACUCUGCAGAACCCAAACAGGCUAAAAGUUUUAAUCUUCAAAACCCUUCUGCAGUGGAUGCAUGUGACCUACCUCUUAUAGACCUUGGUGCUCUCAAAAGUUCUAAUGAGAGAGACAAAAGGGCUUGCACUGCAGCAAUAUGCAAGGCUGCAUCAGAAUGGGGAUUUUUCCAAGUGGUAAACCAUGGUAUAAGCCAUGACUUGCUGAGAAAAAUGAGGAAUGAACAAAUGAAGUUGUUUGAAGUACCCUUUGAGAAGAAGAUCACUUGCGGGCUUCUCAAUAACCCGUAUAGGUGGGGGACACCAACAGCUACACGUUCAAGUCAUUUCUCAUGGUCUGAAGCAUUCCACAUUCCUCUCACAAUGAUCUCAGAAGCUGCUUCCUGGGGUGAAUUCAGUUCUUUGAGAGAAGCAAUAAAUGAGUUUGCACCAGCGAUGCUAGAAGUGUCUAGGUUGUUGGCAAGCAUUCUAGCACAAAACUUGGGCUACCCAAAAGAUGCAGUUGAAAAACUGUGUGAUGCAGGCACAUGCUUUCUGCGAUUAAAUCACUAUCCAUGCUGCCCAAAAUCUAAAGAAGAAAUUUUUGGAUUAGUGCCUCAUACUGAUAGUGAUUUCCUUACAAUUCUUUAUCAAGAUCAGGUCGGUGGACUCCAACUCAUGAAAGAUUCCAAAUGGGUUGCUGUAAAACCAAACCCAGAUGCUCUGAUUGUUAACAUUGGAGACCUUUUUCAGGCUUGGAGUAACGAUGAGUACAGAAGCGUGGAGCACAAGGUUGUGGCCAAUGACAAAAUGGAAAGAUACUCCGUAGCAUACUUCCUAUGCCCUUUUAACAAUACUGUCAUAAACGGCUGCAAAGGACCUUCUGUAUAUAGAAAGUUCACUUUCGGAGAAUACAGACACCAAAUUCAAGAAGAUGUCAAGAAAAUAGGGCAUAAAAUUGGACUAUCAAGAUUUAAACUUUAAGAUGCCUACGUACUGAACUGGCACUGAUACUAUUUUGCAUAUGUAGUAGUAGAAAAAAGAGGCAGCUCUAAUAUUCUUUUUUUUACCUAAAUAAAGUUUCUGUUCCUAUGCAAUGUGUAAGAAUAAAUAGAAAACGAGAUAUUCCCCAAAAAAAGGUGGUGGGAGCUUGGAAGCACCAAACUAAAAAAAUGGUCCCUCAGUGGGGUUUUUGCCUUUCCCUUUUGAUAUCAUAAACUCUUGAACAAUAACACACUUUCUACCAAUUAGAUAUGAUCGUAUAGUUGUCGACACAAUAAUGUUGUCAAACACGUGAACUUUUUCAUAAGAUUCCCCAAAACACAGCUUAUCGAAAUGGUGAAGUAAAUUGAAGACCUAAAAACAUACAAGUAGGUCUCUAAAAAUGAAGGUUAUGGGACGAUUCAUUGUGCUCCUCAAGGGAUAAGGUGGAAAAUAUUAAGUACCUGACAAGAAGA